AUGCAGCAACUGAACCAGCGAGGAGCGAGACACAUGACGUUGACAGCGCUACCCACCGAUCCGGCAGAAGUCCGUGAGCUAAUCAGGGAUGGGAGGCUGGUGCAACCGACCGCCGGAUUCGCGCCCGGGCGUGUGCAGGCGAACCUUGCGAUACUGCCCAGAGACCUCGCCUUCGACUUCCUGCUGUUCUGCCAGCGCAACCCGAAGCCGUGUCCACUGCUGGAGGUGAUCGAGCCAGGGGAGGUCGAGCCAUCCGAGUUCGCACCCGGGGCCGACAUCCGCUCCGACAUCGCGCUCUAUCGCAUCUAUGAACACGGCGAAAUGACCGCUGAGGUCGAGGACAUAUCAGAGUACUGGCGCGACGACCUAGUGUCGUUCCUGCUGGGGUGCAGCUUCUCUUUCGAGACUGCCAUGUCCAGGGCUGGCAUACCUCUGAAACACAUCGAUCAGGAGAAGAGAACGUGGCCAAUGGUCGUAUCGAUGCGCGCGAUCAAGCGCGAGCAGAUCGUCAAGGCCGUCCAGGUGACCUCGCGAUUCCCCGCGACGCACGGCGCACCGAUCCACAUAGGCAACCCCGAGGCCAUUGGCAUCACAGACAUCUACCAGCCCGACUUCGGCGAGCCGACCGACUUCGAGGACGGCGAAGUGCCCGUCUUCUGGGCGUGCGGCGUCACGCCUCAGGCGGCAGCCAUGCAGUCCCGCCCGCCGCUUAUGAUUACCCACGCGCCGGGCCACAUGUUCGUCACCGACAAGAGCGACGAGGACAUGUCUGCCCUUUAG